AUAUACGACGCGAAAAACCGACGAAAAAAAAUUCCGCGUCGGGUAAUAUAAAUAGUCGCGUCCGGUGUAGAUUUAUCAUCAGUGCAGUUCACCCGAUCGAACAGUCGACACACAUCGUCGUCAGCGUCCGAAAUCCGAACAUUUUAUUCGAUUUCUGUGUUCAUAUCAUAAUAUUAUAAUAUAAUAUAAUAGCGUCAUCCGUCGGGUGUUCAGAAACCGUCAUAUACAUACACAUAAUAUCCAACCAUGUGGAACGUCUUGUGUGUGAUGAUCGUCGCGGCGCUGGUCGGACCAUCUUACCAGCGGGCACCGGUAUUCAUCACGCCCAAUCACUCCGAAGGCAAACCCGGCGAACUCAGUCAAGCAGCGUUUGCGGAUUACAUCAACUGGUGGCAAAACAUCAUCGGCAUCAUUAACCAUAACGAAGAACCCGCCGCUGAGCCGCCAAUAACGCCAAUAGAUCAGUCCACGUGCGCCCCGUGCACUUGCGGAGCUUUGGGUAAGAAAAACAGAAUCGUCGGUGGCACUCCCACGUACGUGCAUCAAUACCCGUGGAUGGCCAUGCUCACGUACAAGGGCAAAUUCUACUGCGGUGCUUCGGUUAUCAAUCACAAAUAUGUCAUGACAGCCGCCCAUUGUGUUCACGGGUUCGAAGCGAAAAACAUAGGCGUGCGACUUUUGGAACACGAUCGCAGUAGUACAGAAGAAGCUAAACACCUUGACUUCAAAGUGUUGAGAGUGAUUAAGCACAAGGGCUAUAGUCCGACGUCUUACAACAACGACAUCGCACUGUUGCGAAUGGACACCGAUGGGGUGGAAUUCGGACCCAACACCGGUAUCAAUCCGGUCUGUCUUCCUGUCGAAGGCAAGAGUUUCGCUGGUUACGAUGGCGUCAUCACCGGUUGGGGAGCGAAGAAACAGGGAGGCUCGUCGUCGCAGGUAUUGCACGAAGUCUACGUGCCGAUCAUGAGCAACGACGAUUGCAAGAAGACGGAAUACGACGAGAAACGCAUUACGGCCAACAUGAUGUGCGCCGGUUAUUCGGAAGGCAAAAAAGACUCGUGCCAAGGUGACAGCGGUGGCCCAAUGCACAUCGCCAACAACACGGCUUACCACAUUGUCGGAGUAGUAUCCUGGGGAGAAGGAUGCGCCCAGGCCAACCGACCCGGUGUGUACUCCCGGGUGAACAGAUACCUGAAUUGGGUGGCCAACCAUACGACGGACGCCUGUCCAUGUUCGAACAUUUACACUCCGUCAGAAUAAUUCGUCUUCAACCGUUGUUGCAGUACUCAACUUGCAGAACACCAUACGCACGAUGAACUUUUAUUUGGAUCUCACAUUAUCGCGACUCGCUAUUAUAAACGAUAUCAUAUCAUUAUUAUAUUAUUUAUUAUUUAUAUAUUUAUUGAUCAUAUAAUUUAUUGC